GAAAUGUAACUCCUGUUGAAUCUGUUACUCCUAUCCUGAGGUCUCUUGUGAGAACAGAUAGAAGCAGAAGCAGAAGCAGAAGUGGAGAACGAACUGAAUCUUUGGCUAACUUUGAUCUAUUGGAAAGGAGUAGAAGACUGGAGAAUAGUAAAUCUACUGAUCGUAAAAUUAUGCAGUUGGAAGAUACUGUAGAUUUGUUACAGAAUCAAGAACUUAAGUUUGUAGACUUUGAGAAUAGUUUGGAUGUGUUGCGGGGUUCAUAUAACUUUUUAGUUAAUCAGAUCAACAGCUUGCAAGUUUUAAGUUGCCAGUCAUCGAUGAUUCAAGAGCAGGUCGAUUGGGUAGAAAGGAAUGUGUUGGAAUCUUCAUCUGCCGCACAACAAAAAACAGCUAGAAAAGCUUCUGCGAGUAAUGAGGUGUAUCAAGUUUUUGAAAAUGACCAUGAAAGAAAAAAAGCACUUCAAAAAGGUGAAGAGUAUGAACUUGACUUCACCAAAAAAUGGAUGGACCAAAAAGAACACCUAAAUAAAAAUAUAAUCUCUGCACUAUUUGACCUUUUUGCUCGACGGGCCUUGGCAUUUAAGUACCUUUAUAGAAAGAAAGAUCCCCAGGUCACCAAAUAUAAUACGGAUGAAUUAACAAAUUUAUUAAUGGAUAAUGACAUCCAUUUACCUGAACUAUUAGAUCCUGGUAAGGCUACGGAUGAGAGAGGACAAUUGUAUGUUAAUGUUCAUAGCCUAUCUUGGAGGUCGAGUGAGAAAUAG